ACUUCCUUGAGUAGCCCGAGUUGGUUCCCUCAGGGCCUUUGCACUUACUGUUCCUUGCAUUUAGCCCUUUUCCUUCUUGCCCUGCAGGAGUCCAUUCAAACAUCACUUCCUACCUAGGGAGCCUCCACCCUACCCUGCUCUUCAUUACUUUCCAGGGUUUCUUUACAGCCUUUACUGUCCCUCCAAAACACCUAGUUCAAGCACGUGUCUAUCUGCCCAAGACCUCUGGACGCAAGCUGUUUGAGGCAGGGAACGCUGUGCUCUGGCUUGCUGCCGACAGCCAGACCCCAGAACAGGAGGAGCUCAGGCAAUAUUGGAUGGAUGGAUGGAUGGAUGGAUGGAUGGAUGGAUGGAUGGGACAUGGUGAUAUUAAGGGACUUGCCUGACCACAAAGCAGCAGCAGAGCUGAGCACCAGCCAAGACCAUUGGACCCCAAUCCUGUGGGCUUAAUCCUGGAGAAGUGUUGCCCCCACAGUGUUGGGUUAAAAACCCGGCUGCCUGGGCUGGGAUCCCUGCUCCACUAAUUCACUGUGUCCUUGGCAAGGCAUCUUACCUCUCUGAGCCUGUGUUCUCGUUUGUAAAAUGAGGACGUUAACGAUUCUAACUCCAGUGGAUUAAAUGAAGUCGCACACGGCCUGGCAGGAGUACUGCUAAUAACUGUAGCAACUGUGGCUGGCAGCACUUUCCCGCUUCGAUAAUUAGAGAGUGGGGCUGACUUGCCGGCCUCCCCACGCUGGGUAUCUGGGUGUGCCAGGCUUGCCCUCCCACUCGCUGGGCAGGUUUGGGAGAGGGCGGGCAGAGACGUGGGGCCCAGGAGGGGCUGGCCAGGGUUAAUUAGAGGGAGCUGGCUGGGAGGAGCUGGGGGAGAGGGGCUGAGCAGAGGCUGUGCAGAAGCUCAACCUCCAGAGCCCCUAGUUGUGUGAGACUAUGGGUCGGGGCUUCAAUUCUGCCAGACUCAGGCGCCAGAAACGGCGCCUGCAACAUCGGGUCCAGAAGUCCAGGCAGCAGCCAGAGCGGCUGCAGCAGGAGAAUCACGAGCUCCGCCGGGGCCUGGCCGCCCGGGGAGCUGAGUGGGAGGCCAGGGCUGUGGAGCUGGAGGGGGACGUGGAGGCCCUGCGGGCCCAGCUUGGAGAGCAACGCUCAGAGCAGCAGGACAGUGGACGGGAACGAGCCCAGGCCCUCAGGGAACUCAGUGAGCAGAACCUGCGGCUCAGCCAGCAGUUGGCCCAGGCCUCCCAGACUGAGCAGGAGCUUCAGAAGGAACUAGAUGGCCUUCGGGGGCAGUGCCAGGCCCAGGCCCUGGCCAGGGCAGAGCUGAGGACACGACUGGAAAGUCUGCAGGGGGAGAACCAGAUGCUGCAGAGUCGCCGGCAGGACCUGGAGGCCCAGAUCCGAGGACUGCGUGAGGAGGUGGACAAGGGCCAGGGCAGGCUACAGGCAACCCACGAGGAGCUGUUGCUACUGCGGCGAGAGAGGCGGGAGCACAGCUUGGAGCUGGAAUGCGCGCGCUCCGAGGCCAGGGAGGCCCUGAGUACCCUGCGGAGGCUGCAGCGGCGGGUUUCGGAGCUGGAGGAGGAGUCACGCCUGCAGGACGCCGACACAUCGGGGGCCUCGCUGCAGUCAGAGCUGGCCCACAGCCUGGACAGCGACCAGAACCAGAACCAGAACGCAGAUGGACACAGAGACGCCCCGACCACUCUGUCCCCGGAGACCCAGGAGGAGAGCUUGGAGCCUCCCGUAAAGAGAGCGUCCCUGAGCCCAGGAGAGAUGCUGGAGGAGAAGGAGAUGGAAGUGGCCCAGCUGCGGGAUGAGAUCGCGCUUCAGCGGGCAGAGCUCCAGUUGCUGCGGGAGGAGCUGCAGAGGCAGAAGGAGCUGCGGGAACAGGAGGACCCCGAGGAGGCCCUGAGCUGCGCCCUCUCGGACAGGGAAACGGCUGUGAACAAGGCCCUGGAACUGUCCCUGGAGCUCAGCCGCGUCUCUCUGGAGCGGGACUCCCUCUCCCGGGAGCUGCUUCGCACCAUCCGCCAGAAGGUGGCGCUGACGCAAGAGCUGGAGGCCUGGCAGGACGACAUGCAAGUGGUGAUCGGGCAGCAGCUGCGCUCCCAGCGCCAGAAGGAGCUGAGCGCGGCUGGGUCCGCGCCAAGUCGCCCAGCACCGCGCUUCUCCCUGCGCGGGCGCCCUGGGCAUGCCGGCUUCUUCAGCAGCCUCUUCCGAAGGACCUGAGGGCCGUCCAAGGGGCCUGCCCUGCCAUCUCUGGCUCACUUUCCUCUUCUGGGCAGUGGAGCGACAGGGCCCAGACUGCCUUCCAAAGGGGACUGGUACCCUCCCAACCCAGGAAAGCUGGGCAGGGGCUCCCGGGGAGCAGGCCCCAGCUUUGAGGGUCAGGGGCCCCAGGUCGGUGGUGGGGGGCAGGUGGGGCAGAGCUGUCUAUUUUUUGAAUCUAUAUAGGUCUUUUCUAAGCACCAGGGCACCAGGCCCCCUGCCCCUGGCAAGCUCCGGGGAAGGGGUGGGGGUGGUUAUUUAUGUAUCAGAUCAGAUAGUAAUAUAUAAUUCAUUGCACCGACUUAGUCUUCAUUCUUGAAAAGAAAGCAUAGGGAAGAAAAGCCUGAAAUUUUAUUUUGUGAAAAGAAAAAACAGUUCCGACCCCUGCUCGCUGAGGCCCCAGGCCCUCUCCCUGCCUGAGAGGGUGGGCUUAGGGCCUCUUCCAGGUCCUCUGCUCCAGCCCCACCAGCUUCGGGAGGUCAGAAGGACAGGGAGAAGGCCCGAUAGCCCAGAUUGGUGAAAACAUCCACCCGGCAGCUGUUGCCUGCAGCUGUCAGCACCUGGAGGCAAGAGGGGGGCGACUGAGCUACCCACACCCCUGGCCUCCCAGGACCCCACAGCUCCUUGCGGGACUCACCUUGCACUCCGGUGCUGCUGGCUGCUGGUUCAGACUGAGGCUGAGCAGCCCUGGGGAGGAACCCGGCACCUGGGCCUUCAGCUCCCCACUCAGUUGCCACUGGUUGACGCAGGGGCCCUGGCCAGCUGACAGAAUCUGUGGAGAGCAGGCAGAGGGUUUCAGGGUCAGGAACUAAGAGACAGGAACCAGGCAGGGGUGGCAAAGUCACAGCAGCGCGCCUCACCAGGUCCUGGUAGAAGGUGACAUGCUUCUGUGGUGCCCACAUGGGGAAGAUGGUGGUGGGUGUGGAGGAUCGUAGGUGCCAGAGGGUGAGUGCUGGGCCUCCUCCACAAACCUGGCAGAGAGGUGAGGGUCCCCCGCCACCAUAAGCCACGGGCUCUCAGCUGGGAGGGCCCGGAGCUGCCACCCAUCUUGCACUUUGCCUGGCUCACCAUCCAGUCGGAGUCGGUUGCCAAGCAUCCGAUCCAGCGCCCAUUGUGGGGCCUGGAGCACUCCUGGGAGGGAGGAGGGGAGGAGAGGAGGAGGUCAAGGCACAGGAGAUGCCCAGGGAGAAGGGAGGACAGGGUGUGGGGGGGGCAUGCCCUCACCUCAUGCUUGUAGACCUCAAUUGUCUGGACCUCCUUGGCCAUGCGCAGAUCUGUGAGGGAAAACCAUGAGAGGUACCCCACUCACCCCACCCCAGCCUUCCUCAUCACCACCUUCCUCUCCAACUAGUCACCCCCUUACCCCAAAGCCGCACGGUCCCAUCCUCGCCGCCAGACAGCACCUCAGGGUUCCGGUCCCUCAGCGCCAGGCAGUGGAUGUAGUCUGUGUGGCCCCGGAGGGCCCGCUGCAGGGAGAGGCGCAGUGUCAGAAUGGGAUCCGGAAAGAAUGCCUCCCCCUCCCGCCCGCUCCAGGGCCCUCUCACCGUGAAGGCCCCCGUCUCUAGGUCCAUCGUAUGCAGCUGGCAGUCCCCCCCUGCCAAGAUGAGGGCAUUCUCCUGCAGGGGGAGAUGGGGUGGGGUCACCCGUCAGUGUCAAAUAAGGACAGGGAUCGGGGAAGUGUUCGUUUGGGCCAGAAACGGCAGGGUAGAGCCCUAGCCACAAAAGGCUCAGACCUUGGGGACGAGAAGCAAAGCGUUGAUCUCAGGCACUUCCAGGCUGGUCCUGGAGGAGAGACAGCAGGGUCAGCUCUGGCGAGGCCGCAUCUGCACCCUCACGUGCCCUCUGCCCACGAGGCCCUGGCUUACCUGUACGGGGGCUGACGACACCAUAGCUCCUUACAGCCCUUCAGGGAGAGAAGCACUGGGUGACCUCAAAGGUUCUCUCUGGGGCUGGGUGCCCGAGUGCCCCUGCCCCGCAGCUCCACACUCCUUACCUUCUUGAGGAUCUCUGCCCAAAGCCAGGCCUUCACCUCCCCGUCCCCAGCGCUGAACAGAUGUCGAUCCGUGGAGACCAUGCUGUAGACAGGCCCAUCGUGGGCUAAAUGGAAAUGCAGAACCUGAGUGACUCUAUCCUGCUCCCCUCCUUCACCUUGGGGUCCCCGAAGCCAAACUCGAUGGCUGCCACCCACCUUGGAAGGUCACGAUGGGCUUCUUACUUUCCUCUUUGGCCUCGGAGCUCAAAGCAGCAGACAAGCUGCAGGCGGAGGGGAGAGAGUGUCUGAGUCGGAAGCUGGGGGCAUCAGUCCUAGGAAGGCCACAUACCAGAGCCAAUGGGUGUUGGCGAGCAGAGGCCAGGGUACCUGAAGAUGGCGAUCUGCCCAUAAUUGUUCCCAGCCGCCAGGAACUUCCCGCAGGGUGAAAAACACUGGGAGAAGAUGGUCAUGUGCAACCGCUGCAGGGCCUGAAACACCUCCAUCUGUGGGGAGAGGCGGGCGGAAGCUGUCUGGGAACUCCAAUCUGUAGACUCCUUCCUGGUCUCCCUACCGCCAGUUCAGCGGCUGCCCAUACUUCUCAGACCUCCACUGAGGCCCCCUAAGCAGGCAUCUGCCCACAAAGUCCCAGGGGUGGCUCCAAGAGGGUGAGGAAGGAAGGAAGGGGAGAGUUGAUGCAAGGUGCCUAGAAGGACCUUGAGCAAGCACCAAGGCUCUCUUCCAAGUUUCCUUAAUUGUUAAAUGGAGCUCAGGGGAGAUUCUGUCAAGAUUGUACGAGCUGCCCUGGCUGGUUUGGCUCAGUGGAUAGAGCAUCGGCCUGUGGACUGAAGGGUCACAGGUUCGAUUCCGGCCAAGGGCACAUGCCUGGGUUGCGGGUUCGAUUCCCGGUGGGGGGGCGUGCAGGAGGCAGCCAAUCAAUGAUUCUCUCUCAUCAUUGAUGUUUCUAUCUCUCUCUCCUUCUCCCUUCCUCUCUAAAAAUCAAUAAAAUAUAUAU